AUGGCAGCAACCACCAAAAGCAAGAGACUCCUUGAGGAACCCCAAGAGGAACGAAAAGUCAAAGUCACAAAGACCAAGAAACAAGCAUCACCUACUUCACCAAUCUCGCCUGCUUACUUUACCACAAUCAUGGCUCCUCAACUCGCUCUUAUCGAAGCAUCCAGCCGCACACCUUUUGAGAAGAGGGUAUGGACGCUUCUCUGCCAGAUUCCACGGGGUAGCUUCUCAACAUACGGUAUCAUGGCCGCACAUUUGAAAUCCUCCCCACGGGCAGUAGGCAAUGCGCUGCGACGAAAUCCAUUUGCACCAGAAGUACCAUGUCACCGCGUUGUAGCUACUGGAGGUGCACUGGGUGGGUUCAAGGGAAAGUGGCCUAAAGAUGGUGAGGGAAUCACUCUUGACGAGAAGAGAAAGCUAUUAAGAGGCGAGGGAGUGAGAUGGGAUGAUAAGGGGAAGGUUAUAGGAACACCGUUUGGUGGAUUUACAUGA